GCGCAGAAUCAAAACGAUGGCUCAAAGGAUCAAAACAAAGCCAAAGCCAAACUAUGAUCGGAAAGCAAAGCACCCGGACUAUGUCCAAUUUCGGUGCAAUGCCUAUGCUUUCAACAGCAUCAUUAGAGACAUAAAGGACAAGCUCAAUGAAAGGCAGAAGAAGCUUCUCAAGAAAACCCCUUUCUGGAACUUGAUCGAGCUGUUUUACCGCCAGAGAAUUGACAUGAAUAACAUGAAUAAGUCGGACAUUGACUUAGCACAGCUGCUCAAGACAUUUGAUCCGGAUACAAAGUCCUUCAAAUUUGGAACCAAAUCAUUCCAAAUCACAAGCAAUGCAGUGACUCAGAUUCUAGGACUGCCAAAUGAAGGCAAAUCUGUCAAACUUGUCAAUGAUAGGUACACUGCUACCUUCAGAACAAGGCACUUUGGAGAAAAGGGAAAACCUUCAAAAAACCAGGUAGAAGCAGAAUUACAAAAGACAAUUGCCUUGGCAAACCAACCGAAGAAAGAAAAGGCAAAGACAGAGCAAAAGAAAAAAACGAACAAAGGAAAAGAAAAGAAAGAAGCUGAAGAAGAAGAAGAAGAAGAAGAAGUUGAUUACGACAAGGAAGUGGUCAGCCUAAUAUUGAUUCUGCUGUGCAUGACAUUCCUUUUUGCCAACUCUUCAUCUACUUUGCAUUGGAAAUUAUUUGAGCACUGCGUGAAUCUAGACACACUUUCAAGCUAUUCGUGGGCAAGAGCUGUUUCAGACUACAUGAAUGAAUCCUUGACCGCAAAAGCAAAAGCAAAGAAGGGAGGAGAAGCCUCUAUAGGAGCUGUUUCGGGUUGCACUAUCCUAAUAUUGUUUCUACUGUGUGAGAGGACAAACAUCAUACAACCAAUCCUUGGCAAGGAGAAAGAAACUCCUGCCAUUCUUAAAUGGAGUCUUGUGGAACUCCACACAAGAUUCAACCAAAUAAAGGACUUGAAUGACAUCGAGGUAUGCAAUUUAUCGCAUGUUCUGUUUUAAUGUAUCUUGAAUGUGAAUCCAUGCUAAAUC